GUCCGUUCCGAUAUCAGUCAGUAGCGCAAUGGCAGUGUGAUCGUGCACAUUCGAGAGGUGGUUUAGCAGUGUUACUCGUCUCUUACGAAUACAACACAACACAACACAUUCGCAAAGUUAUUAUUACUUCGCCCAUGUCACUACAGACACUAAAAAACACUUAGUACGGCAGUCGGCAGCUAUUUAAAUAGGAUCUCGAAUCUACUACUCGUUCUUUGAGUGCGUGCACAAUAGCAACGAAAGAAGAAUACACAUUCGCAGCAUACGCAUCUUACUCUGUGUGUUCUUUUUUUUCCCGUCUUCUUUUUGCGCUUCCUUCACCUUGCUGGGCGGAGGAGAGUGUGCGUGUGCGAGAGCGAAAAAAAGCGGCGGUAAUUCGUUGUUUUCAACAAGAAGCAAAAAAAAUAAUAAAUAAGAAAAGACGCGAGUCGAAAAGAAGAAAGAAAAACCGAACAACCAAGCAGUUGCUGCUGCUAUAUAUAUAUACAUAUACCAGGAGAAAGAGGGAUCAAGCAAAGUGCGAUCAAAAUGCAAAAUUCUAUAGUGAGUGUGAAUUUAAAUGGUAUGGAGAAGAAGGUCGAGGUGGCGUCGUGCAGUGACAUUGUUAAAAAAUUCCGGUCAAGUAUUUCACAUCCGCGGGAUAUGGAAUGCAGGGUGCCUAGGGUUCCAUCGGACAACAAAGAGCAGAAUCAGUUCAGUCACAAUCAGAACGACAGCUUCCAGGCUUCAAUAGUGGCCGACAAAUAUCUGCUAUUGGAGCAAGUCGAAGGAAGCUCAUUGUUCCGAUGCAUUGACGUCAAUACCCAAGAAGAAUUGGUUUGCAAGGUUGUAUCGAGAGAUUCGCAUUCCCUGGUGACGGCGCAUUACCGGCUGGAUUCUCAUCCAAGGAUUUCGUCGCUGCACGAGGUGUUCAUCUGCGACAGGCAUCUCUACCUUGUCUUUCCUAGGGCGCACGGUGACCUCCAUUCCUACGUUAGAUCUAGAAAAAGGCUGCGCGAGUCGGAAGCGAAGAAGAUCUUCCGCCAGAUAGCUGAAACCGUGCAUCUGUGUCACAGCAGCGGAAUCGUCCUCAGGGAUCUCAAAUUAAGGAAGUUCGUGUUCGCUGAUGCCCAACGGACGGAGUUAAAAUUGGAAUCUCUCGAGGAUGCUGUCGUGUUAGAGGAGCCGGACAGCGAUUGGCUGCACGAUAAAAGAGGAUGUCCCGCUUACGUCAGCCCGGAAAUACUGAAAGCCGGAGCGCAUUAUUCUGGGAAAGCAGCUGAUAUGUGGUCACUCGGUGUCAUCCUGUACACGAUGCUGGUCGGAAGAUAUCCAUUUAAUGAUUCAGAGCACGCAUCGCUUUUUGCGAAAAUAUCUCGCGGUCACUUCGUCAUACCCGACUGCCUCUCGUCCAGAGCGAAAUGCCUAAUUAGGUCGUUGCUGCGAAGGGAGCCGUCCGAGAGAAUCACCUCCGAAGAUAUCUUCUAUCACCCGUGGUUGGCGAAAGAGGAACGCGAUUACCAAUCGAGAGCUUGCGAUCAGUUGGUUCCUGAAUGCAGUUUUUACGAUGACGAGUAAUCGGCAGCACACGGAAAAGCAAAACAGAGAGAGAGAGAGAGAAAUUAAUUUGAAAAACCUUGUGAUUUGUUAUGUAAAUAAGUCUUUGAUACUAUGUGCAACAAAACAAAAAAGAGCUGUGUUUAAUAUGUGCCGACUUUGUUGUUAUAAACAAGGUUGGCCCGUUUAGUGCGUGAAAUUAUAAUAGCUACUACUACUGAUACUACUACAAAAAAAAAAAAAAGAAAAAAUAAUAACUGGGGACAGAAUUCAUCGUAGGCCAAAUUUUCUUAGGUAAUUAUAAUUGAAACGUCCGAAGGACAAUAAGCGACGAACAGUGGCGAAUUGUCUCCUUCGCGUUUAGCAUCACCAAUAUUAUUUAGUUUUUUAAGGGGGUUAAUUUAUUAUAUAUAUAUCUGUUACAU